CAUAAAAAUAUCCUAAGAUACUAAAAGAAUAAAAAGUCCCGUCGUCGCUUUCUCUUUUAUCUCUUUCCCUUCCCCUCUGUGAUGUACGAAGCACGUUAAUGGCGGCUCCGCAUUUCACACAAAUCGAAACCACAGCAUCUUCACUAAACCCUCUCAUGUACUCCUUCCUCUUCUCAUGUCUCCUAUCUCUCUCCCUCUUCUCAUUCAUCUCCGCUACCUACUUCCUCCUCAAAGCCUCCCGCCGCAGAGCUGCUAUCUCCAACCACAAACUCUCAUCCGAAUCCGAAACCAAACUCGAACCAUCGGAGAUUUCUGAAUCAGCCCAUUACCAAACCGGUGAAGAUGACGAGACCCGUUGUGCAAAAUCGCGUCUUUACGAGUUACUGCUCUGCGAUAAGAAGUCGGAGGAAGAGUCUGAUUGGGAUGGGGAUGAAGGAGUGUCUGCUAAGAAGAAGAAGAGGAAGAGGAGAGGUAAGAAGAAGAAGAAGUCGGAGGUAAGAGGAGGUGGGAAUGAUGAAUCCGGCGGCGAUGGGUUGGUUCCGAAGCUGGAAACUAAACCGGAGUUUGUUUGCUUGUAUCCUUUUACCUCGUCGAGCAGUGCAACGCAGAGGAAGAUCAAGCAGCAGUACGAUCAUCUUGUCAAAUGCAAUAGUGCUAAAGGAUUGACCUUAGCUCAGGUUGGGGAGUUUGCUAACUGUUUGAUAGAAGCCAAAAAUGAAUUACAGAACAAGUCGGAGGUAAUCAAGCGUAAGUAUUCAAUAACAAAAGCUCUUCUCUUCAAGGCUGAUAGGUCUUCCUUUGACCGCCUUCGUCAACAGAUUUACAAGCUGGAGAUGGAACAAAAAAGAGUACAAGAAGAUGCGCUUGUAUAUAACUGGCUCCAACAACAACUAAAACUUUCACCUGCGUACAAAAAGGUUCUUGAGAUAAGCGCUUCCAUGGAACUCAAAGACAAAACAAGUACAGAGUUAGACAGUCAAGAUGAUGAAGUUUCAGACAUCUCCUUCGAAGAGCUAUUAGAACAGGAGAAGAAAGACUCCUUUUGGCAUAAAAAUGGAAGAUUACGAACUUGCAGCAGGACAUGAAUUGGUGACUGAAAUUGUUGGUGAUCUGCCGUGAGCUCAGCCGGAGAACCAAAUCCUUUUUAAGUGCUUUGUAUAGAGAGAAAGAGAGAGAGAGAGUUAAACAGACAUAAAAAUAGUUUCCUCCAUAGGCAUAUACGUUGGUUUCUUUUUCCCUGGGAUACAUUAGUAGUACAUUACCCGGUUAUCAAUUAGAUUUUUCGGUUCGGUUCUGUUUGAGUUACAUAAAUACGGUUUAUGAUAUACCAGAUUGUAGUGAUUGGCUGUUAAAUCAAUUAACCAACCGAUAAAAUAACAGACUGUAAUCAACCAACCUAUAAAUCAUUUGAGAAUCGAGAUGGCGUGUCUUUUGUUUGGUCUUGUUGUCCUGUCGAACACUUCGUGUUUCUUUGUCAUUUUGUUCCUCGGUAAAUAUGAUAAAUAAUGAGAUAUUUACGCCUCGAAAUGUGAGCCAAGUUUAUAACUUUACAAACACACUUGGCCAUUGCCUUGGCUUCCGUUAUCUUUUGCGUUCUUCUUCUGCUCCUGCAAGAGCCAUGGCUUUUUGCUCGAUCUUCUGCCCUCGUAUCCCUGUUCGAUUCAGACCCAAACCCAUUUCUCCUUUCCUCUCAAAGCCUUUGUUUCCCCUCUCUUAUAGAGUUUGCUCUUCCCUGCAACCUACUCCCUCUACCAAAGAUGAACUUGGAAGUGUAAGCAUUGGGUUUCUGGGUAUGGGAAUCAUGGGUUCUCCUAUGGCACAAAACCUCCUCAAAGCUGGGUGUGAUGUGACUGUGUGGAAUCGAACUAAGAGCAAAUGUGAUCCUCUCGUCGGUUUAGGAGCAAAAUACAAGUCUUCUCCUGAAGAAGUGACUGCAACUUGCGAUCUCACAUUUGCAAUGCUAGCAGAUCCUGAAAGUGCAGUGCAUCGAUGUUGCCUGUGGAAAGAAUGGAGCCGUAUCUGGAAUUAGUUCAG